AUGCUGCCGCCCCCACGCCUGUCUGUGGGAUCCGACGAACUCCCAGCACAUGUUCGGCGUGUAUUGCACAACGAGCGAGAAUUAACAUUCUUCGGAUGCUGUCGCUGCUACCCCAAGGCUGUGGCCUGGUCGCUGCUGCUCUUUUGUACUAUCGUUAUGGAGGCCUACGGCAAGUCGCUCAUCUCUGGUUUCAUCGCCUUCCCUGAAUUUCAGCGGAGAUAUGGAUCGCCGGCCAGGCCAUUUGCACAAUCUCCCGAGCAACAGCACUACAAAAUCUCACCUGCGUGGCAGAUGGACCUGCAAAACGCUGCCAUGGUCUGCGAAAUCAUUGGUCUCUUAGCGCAUGGCUACAUCACGUAUGUCAUCGGAUAUCGGAAGAUGAUGAUGGCAUGCCUCCUCUGGAUGUGUGGUGCCGUAUUCCCUGCUGUUUUCGCAACCAACAUAUGGCUUCUCCUGGUCUCGCAGGCAUUAUGCGGAUUACCUUGGGGCGUCAUUCAAACGCUCGCAGCGACAUAUGCCGCUGAAGUAGUACCAUCUACCUUGCGAGCAUGCGUUUUGAGUAAUAUCAAUAUGUGCUGGCUAAUCGGGCAGCUAAUUGGGACUGGAAUCCUUCGCAUCCUUGUGCAGGAUGAUUCCGAAUGGUCUUAUCGCCUCCCAUUCGCAUUACAAUGGGCCUUUGCGGUGCCCUUGUUGAUCGGCGUUUAUUUUGCUCCUGAUAGUCCCUGGUGGCUAAUUCGCCAUGAAAAGCAAGCAGACGCCCGCCACUCUCUUCGCAGGCUAUGCAACAGGAACGUUCUUGAUAUCGAGGAUACCAUAACCGUCAUGGAGCACACAAACAUGAUCGAAAAGAAGUACAACUACGGAGGUUCAAGCUACAUGGACUGUUUCAAAGGCGCAAACCUGCGACGAACCGAAAUAGCAUGUGCUGUCUGGUCAUGCCAGGCACUUUGCGGCUCCGCUUUAAUUGGAAGCGCACCAUACUUCCUCUCGCAGGCCGGUUUCAACCCGUCGCAUUCUUUCAGUCUCUCAACCGGCAUAUACGGCAUGGGUAUCCUCGGAGGCAUGACCUCCUGGAUUCUCCUUUCUGUUGUUGGUCGUCGCAGACUUUACAUUCCUGGCCUCUUAUCAUCAGUUAUCAUUCUGGCCAUUUGUGGCACACUGUCGGUGGCUUGGAGCCAAGUUAUUGGCAUGGACUGGGCUUUAGGUGGCCUGAUCAUUCUCAUGGCCUUCACUUAUAACUUAACCAUUGGCCCUGUGUGUUACGUCUUGGCUGCCGAAAUUCCCUCAACGCGACUUCGGGUCAAGACAGUCGCGCUUGCCAGGGUAACAUACAACAUCUUCUCUAUCAUAAACAACGCCUUGGUUCCCCAGAUGUUAAAUCCAACCGUCUGGAAUCUUAAGGGAAAAGCGUGUUUUGUCUACACUGGUACGGCCUUUCUCUGCCUUAUCUGGUGCUACUUUCGACUGCCUGAAACAAAGCUGCUGUCAUACCUCGAACUAGAUAUUCUGUUUGAGAAAAGAGCUCCAACGGCAACAUUCAGGGAACUUCAGAUUAGGCUGGCUAAUAGCGCCUAUAUGUCUAUAUCUGCAGUGGAAAGAUUGAGAAAUGUUUGGCAUGGGUGGUUAGCAUAUUCCUAG